AUGGAUUCAGGAAGCAGUAGGAAUUUGGAGAAUACAGUGAAUAGGGUCCAUCCUGAUCAGCUUAUUCCAAAGAUAAACACAAGCAAGAAAAUGUCUACCUUAGCAAACCAACCAAGCAUCCUGGAAAUGUCACAAGAGUUUAAGAAAAGCUGUGGAGAAAAACAGGUAGAAAUCACAGCUGAAAGAAUAAAAAUGGCAAAGAGCAUCAAAGAAAAACAAAGUAAUGAUUUAGAGAAAGUGGCCUUUAAAAGGAAGGCAGAAAAUGAAGAAAAGCCAGCUGCAAAGAAAGAGGCAAAAAUAACAGAACUUGACAGCACGUUGGUCACCAUGCCUCUGCCUCACAUUCCCUUAAAAAAUAUCAUGGAUGUGGAGGUGAAGUUGGUCUACAUUGAUGAAGAGGAUGUGAACUAUGAGUUUGUUGAGUCCUUCAUGUCGACUGGGAUUCGACCAAUGUGCCGAGCUGCUGAAAUAGUAGACCCUUUGCAUGUACCUAAUGUCAGCUUUCUACCCCAGAUUGACAAAUGGCUUCAGGUAGCCUUAAAGGAUGCCAGCUCUUGCUACAGACAAAAGAAAUAUGCUGUGGCAGCAGGACAGUUCAGAACAGCAUUGGAGCUUUGCAGCAAAGGGGCAGCUCUGGGAAAACCAUUUGAAGCAUCUGCUGAAGAUAUAUCAAGUGUGGCAAGUUUCAUCGAGACAAAGCUUGUUACCUGCUAUCUACGCAUGAGGAAACCUGACCUUGCCCUGAAUCAUGCACACAGGAGCAUUGUUUUAAACCCAGCUUAUUUCCGAAAUCAUCUUCGCCAGGCAACAGUGUUUAGAUGUCUAGAGAGAUAUUCAGAAGCUGCCCGGAGUGCCAUGAUUGCUGACUACAUGUUCUGGCUCUGUGGAGGAAGUGAACAGUGUAUAAGCAAGCUCAUCAAACUGUAUUGGCAGGCCAUGAUUGAAGAAGCCAUCACCAGAGCAGAAUCUUUCUCAGUUAUGUAUACACCAUUUGCAACAAAAAUCAGAGCUGAUAAAAUAGAGAAAGUAAGAGAGGUUUUCACAAAAACUCAUCCUGCAUAUGUGGAAUAUAUCUAUACAGAUCUUCAAGGACUCCACGUAUUGCCCCAGACAGUUGACUGGUCAUCUUUUCCUCCCCAACAAUAUCUCUUGACUCUUGGGUUCAAAAACAAAGAAGAUGGGAAAUUUUUGGAAAAAUUAUCAAGUAGGAAGCUGCCUACAUUUACAGAACAUAAAACUCCCUUCGGUCUGCUGACCAAAGAAGACACAGUGAGACACAUGGAGACAAUGGGGAAGCGAAUCUUGCCAAUACUGGAUUUUAUUAGAAGCACCCAACUGAAUGGGAGUUUCCACGGGUGCUCAGGUGUGAUGGAGAAGUUGCAAUACGCCAGCCUCCUCAGCGGACUGCAGAGAGUAAAGGAGCAGUCCCAAGUGAUCAAUCAAGCCAUGGCAGAGCUAGCAACCAUUCCCUAUCUACAGGACAUCAGUCAACAGGAGGCAGAAUUGCUGCAGUCGCUAAUGGCAGAUGCUAUGGACACCCUUGAAGGAAGAAGAAACGAUAAAGAACGUGUGUGGAAUACAAUCCAAAAGGUUGGUCGAAUUGAAGACUUUCUAUACCAAUUAGAGGACAGUUUCUUAAAAACUAAAAAACUGAGAACUGCCCGAAGGCAAAAAACAAAACUGAAGCGGCUUCAAACUGUGCAGCAAAGCUAG